AUGGCGUCCCCAUCCAGCUCUGACGAAGGCGAGAUUGUGGAGACAAACGGCGUUGGCGUUGGUGAUUCCAAGGCAACUUCACUGCCACAGAUUGAUCGAACUGGUGUUGACCGUCCGGACAGAAAUCGAGCUAGACACUCGAGAUCAAGAACACCCGAAUAUGGCAACGACACGAAAUUCGACCACAAUGCUCGCUCGCCCAGAGGCUUCAAACGAUCUCGCAAUGACGACGACUUCCGUCACAACGGGCGACUGAACCCCGAUCCUCGACGCUUUCGUGUACACUACGAGGACGCCCGCGACGAACCCUCCCGCUCUCGCUUCUCGUACGAUGACGAAGUCAAGGCGUCUUCACGAUCUUCAACCUCUGGUCUUCGCUAUGAUGACCGGGACAGAGACAGAGCUAGGAACCGCGAUCCACAGCGUGAUCACAGCCGAGACCGUGACCACUAUCCCGAAAAGCGCCCUCGAAAGCGCUCCAGAUCUCCCUAUAGACCUCCACGUGGUGGUAGUAACCGAGGUGAUCGAUCUCGUCGGGAUGACGACCGCCACAGGCGACCCCUAGACAGAGAUGUUGGCAGAGGUAUCAAGUACGGUCAUCAAGAUAGCCCACAACAUUCACAGGAUCAUGCAGUCUCCAAGCGGGCGACUUCGGUCGAUACUUCUAGUACUUCUAAACAUGAUGCUAAAUUUGGUAAAGGGCACUCGGAUGAAGACAAGCCUGCCAAGGCACCUGCACAGGGACCUGAACAAGAACGCAGGGAGGAACCCCUCGACGUUGAGGCAGAGAUUGAACGUCGGCGUCGCCGCCGCGAGGAACUCCUCGCCAAGUCUCGUGGACCAACUCCAAUGCUUGUCCAAGCCUUGCAUGCCUGCGAAAGAACAGCUCCAUCAUCGCCUGCGCAUACGCAAGCUAGCACGCCUGGUGCAACCGAUGACAAUACUCCGCGUUCUGCCAUAUCAUCUCCUUCCUCGCCAGCUCCCGGUUUGCAGGAGGGCAUGUCCCCUGCUGUACUUGACAUAUCUAGUGAUCAAGAACUCAUCAACACACAUGGAAAGUCUGGAGCUACUGACGAAGACGGCCCCUCGGCAGCCGACUAUGACCCAACAGCGGACAUGAGGGAGGACGAGAUGAGAGACGAGCGUCGCCACGGCCUCAUUGGUCCGCACGGGGAAGUGCUUCCUCUCGAGCAGAAAGCCGAGAUCGCCCUGAAAGAGGAGCCUCAACCUACAAAGAAUGCAAAUGACGAAGAUGAUGAUUUUGAUAUGUUUGCGGACGACUUCGACGAGGAAAAGUUCGCUGCCCCCAAGUCUGUUGCUCAAGUUGACAAUACUUCGGAUGACAGAAAGCUCCCUGCCACCCUGGCUCAACCGAACGGGGGUGGUAUUCUCGAGGGCGACGACAAGGAAGGGUACUACAAGAUUCGAAUCGGUGAGAUCAUGAACGGUCGCUACCAGGUUCAGUCGACCUUGGGUAAGGGCAUGUUCUCCGGCGUCGCUCGUGCUGUGGAUAUAACGAGCAAGAAGCUGGUGGCCAUCAAGAUGAUGCACCCCGAAAAUCGCAAACAUAUCGUCAAGUUCGAGCGUCACUUUGAGCACAAGGGGCAUUUGUGUCUUGCAUUCGAAAAUCUGAGUUUGAACCUGCGAGAAGUCCUGAGAAAAUUUGGAAACAACGUUGGCAUCAACCUCAGCGCAACUCGAGCAUACGCCCACCAGAUGUUUGUUGCUCUGGCUCACAUGCGUAAAUGCACCAUCAUCCACGCAGAUAUCAAGCCCGACAACAUACUGGUCAAUGAGACCCGCAACAUACUAAAGAUUUGCGACUUGGGCACAGCUAUUGAUAGAUCGGAUGCUGCAACUGCCCAUACCGAAAUCACCCCAUAUUUAGUCAGUCGGUUUUACCGAGCCCCUGAGAUCAUUCUCGGGAUGCCGUAUGACUACGCCGUGGACAUGUGGUCCAUUGGCUGUACGUUGUAUGAGCUGUACACCGGCAAGAUUCUAUUCACGGGCGACAGCAACAACCAGAUGCUCAAGGCGAUUAUGGAGAUUCGUGGCAAGUUUAGUACCAAGCUGUACAAGCGUGGUCAAUUGUCACAUAUGCAUUUCGAUGACAUGGGGAACUUCAUCAGCGUCGAGCGGGAUAAGGCGCUUGGGAAGACGAAUAUCAGAGCCCUUGCCGUUGUAAAGCCGACGCGGGAUCUGCGCACUCGCCUCACAGCCGCAUCUGGAGGCAUGAACGAAAGUGAAUCCAGGGAUCUCAAUCAUUUUAUCGACUUGCUGGAGCGAUGUUUGGCUCUUAACCCGGACAAGAGGAUGACUCCAUCCGAGGCGCUCAAGCAUCCCUUCUUUAUGAGCAGGGUAGGCGCACCCGCAAGAUAG